CUUACGGGAUUUGUUCGCCUUAAGGAAGCAUCCUGCUGGGGACAAUUUGUGGUACUUCCAGGGCCGACAGAGUAGGGUAGUGGACAACCCACUGUCCGUCCACAAUUGGAAGAAGAAGUAUUUCUUUGUCUCCAAUCUAGAGGGAUGGCCCUUUUGGUCUGAUUGGGGGAUACCGGACUUGCUAGCCGAGAGGAUGAGGCCAUAGAAUAAUGAGGAGGAGUUGACCAUGAUGACUCGGAUAUGGAUGACGGGGGCGAUUUGCGCUAAGCCCUUAAUAACGGAGGAAGUCUUGGUGUGGGCUGGUCUCAACCUUGCCCCCCUCGGUAUGGACACUCCCAUUGUCGAUUAGUUGUGUCAUCUUCUUCGUCUUCUUUGUCCUUCUUCUAACAUGAUCUUUAUUUGUUGCAAAAAUGGAUGGUGGCAUGAAGGACAGGCUCAUGCAGUUGGCCAGGGCGAGCACUAAGAAGGGCCAGGCCAAGGGGCCCUCGAAGAGGCCUGUCGAGAAGGAGUUGCCUCGGGCGAAGGUGCCAAUCGAGGCUGAGAGGAGGAGGGCAGCCACGCCCAAAUGGCCAGCAAAAGCCCCUCAAGGUCAGAGGGCAAAAAGGUUGGCAGUGAGGGACUGCCCAACAGAGAGUGCUUCUAGAGAUUCUCGGCAGUUGGGGCCUCACUUGUCUGACCCCGCAACGACAUACCAUUGGCCGCACGCAGGCUCUUCCACCCCAAUUGGAACAUUAAGGAGGGUGACCCCACAGCAACCCCGACAUCGAGCGAGCCUUGGUGACGGGGAUGCUCCCGACGGGGGAUCAACACUCUUGGACCCAGGUGUUUGUCUAGGGGGUUCGGGAUACCCUGCUGGACAAACUAGCCGAGACGUCUUCUUGCGCCAUCGGCCUUUAUGACAAAGUGGAGGUCUUUCUACAACAUAUCCGGUUUUCGCAAGAGGAGAACGAGUAGCUGAAGCGUCAAUUGGCCGAGGAGUGGGCCAGCCGAGAGGCCGCUGCCAAGGUGGCCUGUGGGGAGCAUGACUGUCGAAAGAAGCUCGAGGCCGAGGUGAUGGCGAAGAGGGAACAACUGAGGGCUGCAAGGAUCUCCUUGGAUGAGGCAAGGUAGAAGCUUCAGGAGGCGGAGCAGAAGUUACAAGAGGCCUCGAUUCAAGCUAUGGAGGAAUACAAGGCCUCCGAGGCCUACAAGGAUGAGAUGGCUUCGUUUGGUGUCGCUUCAUACUUGGAGGGCAAUGAAGACACCAAGGCUUAGGUGUUGGUGCUUCUCCCAGAUUUUGAUGUCAGCCAAUUGGGGUUUCAACCUCCAAACCAACAAGCGGCCAAAGUGGAGGGGCCAACCGAGGGCCAGGGCGGUGUUGAGCAGUCUACUCAGCAAGAGGCAGCCAACGACGAGCGCGUUGACAUCGAGGCUUAAUGAAGGUGCUCACACGGGGUCGAGGCUUCCAUCGAACAUCCUUUUUUAUCCUUUUUCUUCAUCUUUUUUUGCCAUUCUUUUUUGUAAGGGGCUCGACCUCCCCCAUCAAAGGCCUCUUUUUGUAAAGAAAUGAG